GGGGCGGGGGGGGGUGUGUGAUGGCGGCGGUGCUGGUCGCCGCGGGGGGGAGCGGCCCCGGCGGCCCCGGAGGGGCGGGAUCGCCUGCUGAGGGCCAGGUGCUGGCCUCUCCCUCCUGUCCCGUGGCGCAGCGACACGGGUCCCCAGGCGCCAAAGGCCGGGCAGGCCCCGCGGUGGUGGUGCGGGCCAGGAAGGCAGCUGGGACCGGCGCUGGUUCCGGUGCUCCCGCCCGGGGGGCCACGGUGCCUGAGCCGCCCUGCCUGGCCUGGUGCUCUGCUGCUGUGUGCUGAGCUUGGCCCCAUGCCAGGCCGGCGGCUUGCGGCCUGUCCCAGGCUGGAGAUGGGGCUGGCUGGAGCUCCCAUCUGUUGCAUUCAACACCCAGCAAAGAAUGGAGAACAUCCUAGCCGAUUUGUGUGGAACCAGCCCAGAAGAUCCAGUCCCUGUGUGGAUUCAUGGCAGUGUUGGCCAUUGCUUUAACCAGCUGACAUUAAAUGUGGCUCCUCAUAUGAUCCUUGCAGUGGUCAGUGCCUGCUUCCUUGGCACUCCAAGAUAUGGUGCUGGUGUUCCUCACAGGCGAGACUGGAGAUGCAGAAUUGCCGCCUCUUUCAUACUUGCUGGCCUCCUCCUCACUGAUAUAAUCCCAGCCACCAUUUCUCAGCAGGAGCUGGGCCCUGUGUACCUGGAAGUGCUGGCAAGUGGCGUUGCCGCACUGACAUGGCUCACUCAUGGCUUGGCUCUUCUCAUGCUCUGCAGGUCAAUUCACGGCUCUACCCAGGGCCCUGCGGCCCUGGCUAUCCUCACUCUCUUACCCGUACCUUCCCGCAUCAUCACGCUGGUGUGGUACUGCAAAAAUGGGACAGCUUGGUCCCCUGCCCACCCUGCUGUAUCCUCCAGGUUCUCCAUCCUCUGUCUGCAGCUGGCCUGUCUUCUUCUGUAUAUGAUUAACUACCUCUUCCCAGUUGCCAGCAGACGAGAAUUUCUCUCCAUCAAUAACUCCUGGCAGCCAGACCCACUCACCUCAGAGCCAAGGAUCACAGCAUCUGAUUGGCAAGGAGUGGCAGAAGAUGGUGAGAGCUGGCUCUCACGCUUCUCUUAUGCUUGGAUGAACCCUCUUAUGAAACGCGGCUACCACUGGAUGUUGAACCAGCCAGAGGAUGUCUAUGUGCUUCCUCACCAGCUCCAAGCUGCCAGAGUCUGUGAUCGGUUCUACUCCUGCUGGCAGCAGAAGGCAGCUUUGCACCAAGCAGAGGAGACUGUGUCUCUUACUAGUCCAAUCAUUGCUGGAGGGGAUGGGAGUAGCAAUGCCCUGGACGGCUCACCCCCUGCCCAGAAGGGCGUGCAACUCUUUUCAAUGCUUCAUUCAGUCUUUGGGCUCCGUUUCUACUUGCUUGGACUUCUCAAGCUGGCUGGCAGCCUGCUGGGUUUCUCAGGCCCCUUGCUUCUGAACCUGCUGGUGAGCUUCAUGGAGUCACGGCAGGAGCCCUUGAGCCAUGGGGUGCUCUACGCCCUUGGGCUCUUUGCUGGCUCCUUCCUGGGUGCUCUCUUGCGGAACCAGUUCAGCUACGAGGUGUACAAGGUGAUGCUGAUGGUGCGGGCCGCCGUCAUCUCCACCAUCUACCGCAAGGCUCUGCGUGUCAGCAGCACUAGCCUUGCCCACUUCACCAUAGGGGAAAUUGUCAACUUCAUGAGCACGGACACUGAUAGGUUGGUCAACUUCUGCCUCAGCUUCCACGAGGUGUGGAGCUUGCCCUUCCAGUUUGCCAUUACCCUCUACCUCCUCUACCAGCAGGUGGGGGUAGCCUUUCUGGGAGGCCUGGCCUUGGCAUUGCUCCUUGUGCCCAUAAACAAGGUCAUAGCCAACCGCAUCAUGAAGAGCAACAAGGAGAUGCUGAAGCACAAGGACACACGGGUCAAGCUGAUGACUGAAUUCCUGUGUGGCAUUCGUGUGAUCAAGUUCUACGCUUGGGAGCAGCACUUUGGCUCCAGGAUAAAUGCCUGCCGGGCUAAAGAGCUGCAGAAGUUGAGAGCCAUCAAGUACUUGGAUGCUGUGUGUGUGUAUCUGUGGGCAGCACUGCCCGUUGUUGUCUCCAUUGUCAUCUUUAUCACCUAUGUCCUGUUGGGUCACCAACUUACUGCCACCAAGGUAUUCACAGCAUUGGCCCUCGUAGGAAUGCUCAUUCUCCCCCUCAACAGCUUCCCAUGGGUGCUGAAUGGGACCUUGGAUGCCAAAGUUUCCCUGGAUCGAAUCCAGCGCUUCCUUGAACUCACAGACCAGGACUUGGAGGCUUAUUAUGCUCUAGACAGCCCUUCAGGUUCUGCUUCUGCCAUGGAGAUGCAGGGAGCAGCCUUCUCCUGGGCACCACUCAAGGAGAAAAGCACCAAGCAGUCCUCAUCCACAGGCCCUCUGCAACUGCACAUUGAGAACCUGGUAGUGACAAAGGGGAUGCUUCUGGGGGUUGUUGGGAAGGUCGGCUCUGGCAAGAGCUCUCUGCUUGCAGCCAUUACUGGAGAGCUCAUUAAGCAAGGUGGACAAGUGUAUGUCUGUGACCUGGAGCAAGGAUUUGGACUGGCCACACAGGAGCCUUGGAUCCAGUUUACCAGUGUCCGUGCGAACAUCCUCUUUGGGAAGGAAUAUGAUGCCAGGCUGUAUGAGAAAGUGGUGGAAGCCUGUGCCCUCUCUGAGGAUCUGACUAUCUUACCAGCAGGUGACCAGACAGAAGUUGGUGAGAAUGGUGUGACACUCAGUGGAGGACAGAAGGCUCGAAUAGCCCUUGCCAGAGCUGUUUACCAGGAGAAAGAGCUUUACCUCCUUGACGAUCCCCUGGCAGCUGUCGAUGCAGAUGUAGCUAACCAUCUUAUGCAGAAAUGCAUUCUGGGAGUUCUCAAACACAAGACAAGGAUCCUUUGCACCCACAGGACGGAGUUUUUGGAGAAAGCCGAUGCCUUAUUGUUGAUGGACAAUGGCAGGAUAGUCAGGACAGGAACACCAGCUGAGAUCCUGCCACUCGUGGAAGCUUUCCCCAAGUUCAAGGACAUGGACAAGAGGCGGAAGGAUAAAGCCCCUGAUGAGCACGGUCAAGAGGCGGCCAUAGAGACAGAGUCAGAAGAAUUGACCCAAAACAAUCACCUUCUCUGCCAGGAGGAAGAGAAGAAAGAAGGAGCAGUAGCUUUUCAGGUGUACAAGGCAUAUUGGCUGGCAGUGGGCAGCUGCUUGGCGCUAUCCAUCCUCUUUUCCCUGCUCCUGAUGCAAGCGUCUAGAAAUGUCUCAGAUUGGUGGCUUUCACACUGGAUCGCCAGCAUGUCCCAGACAGCAAAUACCUCUGUGAUGGUCUGCUCAGCUGCCCUGCCUUCCCCGCAGCUGCUGCUCUUCUCCUUUGCUGGGCUUGUGUUCCCCAUUCAAGCUCUGGACACUGCCACAGUCACUUCCAAUGGUUCACUGGAUGUGACUUUCUACCUAACAGUUUAUGGGAGCAUAGCAGGGGCCAACUCCCUCUUCACCAUUCUGCGGGCCUUCCUCUUUGCUUACGGCACUGUCCGUGCUGCCACUGUCAUUCACAGCCGGCUGCUCCAGCGGGUUAUAAAGGCCACAGUGACCUUCUUUGACACCACACCAAUAGGCCGGAUCCUGAACCGUUUCUCUUCAGACCUGUACUGCGUGGAUGACAGCUUGCCAUUUAUCCUCAACAUCUUCCUGGCCAACAUGUAUGGGCUCCUGGGCAUGCUGGUGAUAAUCACCUAUGGCCUCCCUUGGAUUGGUCUGGUCUUACUGCCUCUGGCUGCCCUCUACUUUUCCAUCCAGCGCUAUUACCGGCGCACGUCCCGGGAGCUCAAGCGCCUUUACAGUCUCACCCUCUCCCCCAUCUACACUCACUUCUCAGAGACCCUCUCAGGGCUGAACAGCAUCAGAGCCAUGCGGGCAACACACAGGUUUGAGGUGGAGAAUCAGCUGCGUCUGGAGCAAAACCAACGCUGCCUCUUUGCCAGCAACUCAGCGAUGCAGUGGCUGGAGAUCCGCUUGCAGAUGAUUGGGGUUGCUGUGGUUACUGCUGUUGCAGGAAUUGCCAUCAUCCAGCACCAGAAGCAACUAGCAAAUCCAGGACUUGUGGGCCUGGCACUCUCAUAUGCCUUGUCUGUCACAAACCUCCUCUCAGGCCUCAUUUCCAGCUUCACUAUGACAGAAACCAUGAUGGUGAGCAUGGAGCGCACAGAGGAAUACACCACAGACAUCCCCAUAGAGCCCCAGGAUAAAGUGGUCCAGGUUGCUGCUGACUGGCCAAGCCAGGGGUACGUGGAGUUCCAAGAGGUGGUCCUGACAUACCGAGCAGGCCUGCCCAAUGCGCUCGAUGGAGUGAGCUUCACUAUUUAUCCUGGAGAGAAGGUGGGAAUUGUGGGUCGCACAGGAUCCGGAAAAUCAACCCUUUUCUUGGCGCUCUUCCGCAUGCUGGAGCUGAAGGCAGGGCGAAUUCUCCUGGACGGUAUUGACAGCCGGCUGGUGGGCUUGAAAGACCUGAGGUCCAGGCUGGCCAUCAUCCCCCAGGAUCCAUUUCUGUUUAGUGGCUCAGUUCGAGAGAAUCUGGACCCCCAGGGACAAUGGACAGACUCUGAGCUGUACCAGGUGCUAGAGCAGUGCCACCUGCAGGAUGUGGUUACUCAGAUGGGUGGAUUGGACAGUGAGCUGGGAGAGAGAGGGAAGAGUCUGUCCAUGGGACAGAGGCAGCUGGUGUGUCUGGCAAGAGCCCUCCUGACACAGGCCAAGGUGUUGUGCAUUGAUGAGGCCACAGCCAGUGUGGAUCAGAAAACAGACCAGGUGCUGCAGCAGACCAUCCGCCAGCGCUUCGCUGACAAAACGGUUUUGACAAUUGCUCACAGGCUGAACACUAUCUUGGACUCGGACCGCGUGCUGGUGAUGCAGGCUGGAAAAGUGGCAGAGCUGGACUCACCGGCCCGCCUAAGUAAGAAGGACGGCUCCUUGUUCCAACGACUCCUGCACAGCGGACAGCAGUGACCACCCAGAGCUUAGCCAGACCCCUGGCUCUGCGGCUGGCUUUCUUCUUGCCUCAGCCCCAGUCCCCUCUUUGUGGGGCCAGGAGCUGCUGAGAUGAGAGAAGGGUUUGUUCCCCAUUAGUAGGGAAAAUGGGGACUGGUGUCUAGGGACAUGCUAGCUUGGCUGGUGGGAUGCUGCUCCCCACUGAGGCUCCAUAUUGAGAUUACAGAGGGUUUAUCUUCUGCUAAGUGGAGAAGCAGCAACUAUUGUUGUGACCUUGUCCCACAUGUGCAAUUUAAAAUAAAGUGGGGACGCCCUUGUAAAACUCCAUUAGUCAUCUGUGUUCCUGUGCUCUUUGGCUCCCAGAUCUAAACUUCCUUGUGAGUUACAGGAGUGGUGCCCUCCCUGCACAGACACCCCUGCCUGCACCCUAGUGCUUUCAGAGUGCACCAACCAUUCCCAGAAGGCUGUACCAAGGGACCCUGCUCCUCUUCCUCCAUCUCCUAGUGGAGAAGGCCUUCACCCUGAAGGGCCAGAAUACAAUUACAUUACAGGUGUCUAGGCUGGCUUAAGUCAAGACCGCUUUUUCAAGGCAUCUCUUAUCCCUCCUCCUUCUUAUCUUCCCUUCCUCCCAGCUGCACAAAACCCACAGCUUCUUUCAGUUUUAGGAUCAACUUGCUCUUGCUGUCAGAGCACAUGGCUUCACUCUUGGGCCUUUCCUUUUCUCCCUGACACUCUGAAGCUAUUCCAGGCAGGUACACACCCUUGCUAUGCUGUCCUGGCACAUGUCCCUUUUCUUCCCCUCAGGCUGCAGGAGCCAUCUGUACUCCCUGAAGCUAUGUCCUUUGCUUAGUGACUAAUAACCUUGCUUCUCAAUCCAGACAGCCUUACCACUCCUUUUUUGGAAUGAUAAGGCCAAAGAGACCUCUGAAGGCCUCUGAAGCUCUCCCAGCAGCAGAGCUCCAGGGCAGGGAAGUAGAGGGAUUCCAGACAGCAAAAGGUUUAUGGUGAUGUGGGUCAGAACAUGGGGCAGAACGACUACCCUGCCAGGACCUGGGUGGAAAUACUCAAAACUCAACAAGCAGCUGAGCAACCUGAUCUAAUUGAAUAUGCCAAGAAUGGGAGGUUGAACUAGAUGACUUCCAGAGGUCCCUUCCAGCCUAAAUAAAUUUAUAAUUCUCUGA